AUGUCGCAGAAGAUGUCAUCGCAUGGUGGCGGUGGGCCGAAGCCGAAGCCGAAGCUGGCUGUGCCGCGGCCGAGUUCGAGCGUAAUCCUCAUAUCCCCCCAAAACGAAGUCCUCCUCCUCCACCGCGUCAAAACAUCCACCUCAUUCGCCUCAGCUCACGUCUUCCCAGGCGGCAACCUCUCCCUCCAAGACGGGACAUGUCCACCGGCGGAGGACCCAAAGCACCACGAAGACGCACCCUGGUACAGGAAUGCCGCGGUGCGCGAGCUCUUCGAAGAGAGCGGGAUCCUCCUCGCUAAGGACAAGAACACAGGCAAGAUGCUGGCUGUUCCGGAAGAAGAGCGGGAGAGGGGACGACGGGCGAUUCACCAGCAGGGGAUGAAGUUUGAUGAGUGGUUGAGGGAGAGGGAUGCCAAUGCGGUGCCGGAUACAGAUAAGUUGAUUCCUUUCACGCGCUGGAUCACACCAACCAAUGUCCCCAAGCGCUACACCACCCAGAUGUACCUGUACUUCCUACCGCUACCUCUCGAGUCCGAGAAGCCGCUUCUGAACGAGAUCCCCGCCGAGGGCGAAAAAGAGGAGAUCCAGGUUCCGACGAGCGACGGAGGCGUGGAGGUCACCGAAGCGCGGUUCCUGCCCGCGUCAGAAUGGCUGCGGAUGGCGCGCGCGGGCGAGAUCAUCCUGUUCCCGCCGCAGUUCCUCCUGCUGCAUCUGGUGGCAGAGUUUCUGGACAAGAGUCCCCGGGGUCCGGGUGUUGCUGUUGAGGAGUUGAAGAAGCGGCGCGAGGGGCUGGUGGAGUUUGUGCACUCUGGUCAGCCGCCGUGGACGGAUAAGUGUAUUUCGCCGAAGAUGCUCAAGGUGGCUGAGGAUGGGCGCGCCGUGUUGGCGCUUGAUCACCCCGGGCCGGAGUUGAAGGGGACGGGUCGGAGGGGCGAGGCUGAUAGGGUUGUGAAGGUUAAGUUUAAGCAGGGUAGUGCGCGGGAGUUGGAGUUACAGUGGAAGAAGGAUGUUUUUAGGGAGGAUGGGGGUGAGAAGAGCAAUCUAUAG